AUGAAUGAGGGCGUUCUCGCCGGAAGCGAUGCUAGAACUGACAUCUACAAGGAAGCUUACGUACAAUCUCAAGACUCUGUCUAUAAAGUAUCCAACUCGGAUACAAAGAAAGGAGGGGGAAAUCAGCCCACUAUCCAUGGAAAGUUUUGUCAAAAAAAUCGAGUUCAACCUGGAUACAAUGACGUUGACAAAGUUCUCAUACAUGGAUGUCAGAAGACAGAGAAACACAAAGGUAUCAUUGACUAA